AUGACGACAGGUUCGUUCGAAAAAAAAGCAUUGAAGUCUGUGGAAGACUACUUGAAUACUAACAGCGAUAAAGAAAGUACCAUUUUUAGUUCAGUAGCAGAAAAUCUGGCAAAGACUUUGAAUGAUCCUGUUGAGGUCAAUCGCGAACUUGCAGUGAAAGUUUUAAAGCUGUCCAUAGAUGUAACUAAUGAUGUGACACCUUUGCUUGCAUUAUUAGUGCCUGUGCUGGUUAUGCGUUUAGGACAGAAAGAAAUAAUAGAACAUUCCGAAGAGAUUCGCUACUCCACACUUAAUCUAUUAUAUAUUUUGCUGAAUAGAACUGAUGAGAUAUCUCCAUUUAUCGAUGAUUAUAUCUCAGUAAUUCAAAAGACACUUGUCGAUCCGUAUCAUGAGAUUAAAAAAUUGUCUUGUAAAAUUGCAGUGGUUUUAUCGCAGAGAAAAUGCCAUCGAUUUUAUCAAAUUUCGGAGUCUAUUUUACUGCCUAUGUUGUCAAAUGUUACACAUCAACAUUCGAAAGUUAGAUUAGAAACUGUGGUCGCUCUUGAAAAGGUUUUGCUGCACAGCCAGGGAAAGCUUGUUGAAAAUGUUAUCGCACCAUUAACUCAAAGACUUUUUGAUUCGUCAUCAGCAGUUAGACGAGCUGUUAUUGAACUUGUGGGCUCAUGGUUGUUGGAUUUACCUGAUCGGUAUUCAUAUCAAACAAGGUUAUUGCCUCUGCUUCUUUCCGGUUUCAUUGACGAAUCAGAUGAAAUCCGUAUGGUUGCUACAAAAUUGUGGCAUAAUAUAGGACUAAAGUUCGAAAAAGAGAACGAAGAGCAGCUGAAAGAUAAACUGGAUUUCGAUCACGGUCCUCCAUUUCACUAUCCAUGUGGGUGCAAACGACCAAUACUAGGUUGUCGAGAGCUCGUCUACAGAUCGGCAUCCAAACUAUUUCCAGGUUUAUGUAAAGAUCUUUCAGACUGGCAAGAAGCAACACGUUUAAAAGCAGCCAGUUUAAUACCCAUAUUAAUAUUACAUCUUGAAGAAUCUGCUACUCAACAUACUCAACAUCUUUUAACGGGUAUUGCAAAUGGUCUAGCUGAUGCACUUAGUCGAAUAUCACCUGUUGGAAAUAUGUCUUUAAUAAAUAUGAUGCCUAUAGUUUCAUUUCGGAAGGAAACAUCUUCGUCAAGUACAACCACUGCUGACAGAGUAGACGUAAUUAGUUUAGUCGUUACACAUGCCACAUCUCAGGUGUUUAGUUUAUCUGAAGCCAACGAGGCAAUUAAAAUUAUCAAUCAAUUAUUUAUUGCUGCUCAAGUUUUGGGUUGCAUGAUCCCCACUAAGUUUUGGUGGCAUUUACUGGAACCAUGUCUUGAUCGUUGUACAGAAUCUGCUGCACCAUCAUCAUUAGCUGGCCAUUUACUCCUUUUAUCUGGUUUACUUCAUGGUAGUCCAUUAAACCAAUUAAUAAUAACUGACGAAAUGAAAGAGUUAAAGCGUGACUCAUCAUUAAAUAAGUGUUCUACUAAUGUGACUAACGCUUUCGCUAAUACUACCAGUACUGCUACUACUUCUGAUGAUAGUCAUUGUAUUCAUGGGGAUGAAACUAAUGAAAAUAAUGAUUAUCAAAUGAAAAGUGGUCAUGUCAAGGAGACCUAUACACCAAUCAAUUAUAGUACAUUACAUAAGAUUAUCUCUUAUCUUUGUCAAAAUGAAUUAAUCUCUGUCAUAUCGAUUAAUGCCAAAGCAGGUCUAUUAGAAUGUGUUCAAGAAACAGAACAACAGCAACAACAAGGGGAUACUUUAGAAACUUUACAAUUGGAUGAUGAUAGUCAUAAAAAUAUUAUUCAAGCUACUUAUAACGCAGCAAAAUUAGUAAUUCAAGACAACCAGAUCCGUUCAUGUUUGUUUGAAAUAAUUCUUGGAUCGGGUGCAAUUUGGCCAGAAAAUGGUUGA